AAGUUUCCUUGUCAAAUGCGGAAAGCGAUGAUGAAAGCCAAUCAGCUUCCCGGUUAGAAUCCGUAUUGAAAAAGAGACGAUCGGAAGUCAUCAAGAAACGCUGGAAGGCUUUGCGAGCGGCGGUCAAAGUGGUCUCCAAAUGGCAGUCGACGGGCAUCAAUCCCAAUCUGUACUACCCCAUGUCCAAGUCCUACGCUGUAUGGCAGGCCGUAAUGGUUGGCGUUACUUCCUACAACAUGCUGAUCUGUCCCACGAUCCUUGCCUUCAAGGAGGUCUAUAUGAUGCCACCUUUGCUCAUGGUAAGUAACCUGGCCAUCGAUGCGCUGAUGGCAAUACACAUCCGCCGCGAGUUCAAGACAGCCUAUGUGACGCUUGGUGUCACCUACGACGACGAAGCCACCAUCGUCGAACACUACAAGAAGACGCACUUCAUGCGAGACCUCAUCGCAGCGUUACCCCUGGACACCAUAGUAUACAUCAUCCAGUUGUCGUUCAGUUCCUGGUUCGACACAACGGCGCGUCUCGGGGAUUGGUACUCGACCUCCCACGGCCCAGACGUGUGUAGCUUAGACGACACCGUCAGCGCUCGUGUGUGGGAUGGGUUCUGGGAGUGGAUAUGGCUGCCGGCGCAGAUAGCCGUGAUGUUGGUCAGGUGUCGCGUGCUCAAGCUCUUGCACCUGCAGAGCCUGACCCACUUCUUCAUAGGCAUCUCCAACUAUACGUCGCAUGUGAACGCUGUGGAGCUGGUGAAACUCUAUCUGUCGGUGAUUUGGGUGGGUCAUAUGGUGGGAUGCGCGUACUAUCUCAUCUGCUGGAUUGAGAAUUUCGAGGGCAGCGAUUUCGUGUUUGAAACGAGUUUCCAGUACGAGCCGUUGUGGGUUAAGCUGCUGAUGACGUUCUACUGGGGCUUUUCGUGCAUGAGUGGGGUUUCCUCCACCGCACAGCCCCCAGAGACCCCCAUAGAGACCAUCUUCUCUUUCUUCGUGAGUUUGAUCAGCAUAAGCAUCUACGCCGUCAUCAUAGGCAACAUGGGCAAGAUCAUCAAAUCGUCCAACCACUCCGCUGAGAAGUACCGGCAGGCCAUGGAGCGCAUCAACAACUACAUGUCAUACCGACGCAUACCACACACCAUUCAACAGCGAGCCAGGCAAUACUUUGAGUUUCUGCACUCGAGACAACGCGGAUACGAAGAUGAGACCAUCCUGAAAGAUUUCCCGUCGCAUUUGCGCACGGAGAUUUACCGCCAUCUGUGCCACGAUGUGGUGUUGAAGGUGCCCAUGUUUGCCAACAGUUCAAAACCCUUUAUCGACCAGAUGGUAACGCAUCUCAGGCCUCAGAUAUAUUCACCCGGCGACUUCGUUGUGCGCAUUGAUGAGCCGGGCAAAGAGAUGUUCUUCAUCAGCAAAGGGAAAGUGAAGGUCGUGAACAGAGUCGGAGCUUCGGUGGUAGAGCUCGGCCCUGGAGACUUCUUCGGAGAGAUUGCUGUGGUCUCUCACACCUCGCGGCGAGUAGCCUCAGUUGUUGCUGUCUCCUUCUGUGAUCUGUUUGUCCUCAACAAAUCAAAUCUGGACGAAUUGCUUACCGAAUUCCCGGACGAUGCUCACGAGAUUAGCCACGUCGCCCGACAGCGCUUGAGAGCCACCAGUACCGCACACAUGAAGGAAGCGGCCGACAGUGCUUCACAGAUCUACCGGCGCUUGUUCGGAGAGCCUCCGUCGAAUAGUGUUCCCAACAUCGGUUUUCCGGAUGGUAGGAGAAUGACGGUGCACAAUGGACAGCCUACGACAACCCCAGCUAGCCUUCCGUAUUUGGCCAGCGGGUUGGACAACAGAAAUUUCACCCAGUCCCCAUACCAGCCUAUGGACCCCACUAGCGAGGAAGACGACGAGUCCGAAUAUAUAUAUGAUGCACAUGAGCUGCAUCAACCCGAGCCCUUUGGCGGGGAGACCGCGUUCGCCAGCGCCGGCGACAUGGUGGACGAGAAAACCUCAACUACUGACGAGAAUAUAUAUGGACAGACACGCAAUGAGCACUUGGAGAAUGCGUCGCUGACCAGAAGCUCACUAUCGCCGGAGAAUCUGAGAAGGCUCGAGGCCGCAAACAACAGCAGCUUUCAUGAUUCGGUGGGAAUGGGAUCCCGGCCGAACACACCGUCACACAUGGAUGCUAACGAGCUCUCCACACCGAGCACAGAUCAGGAGACAUACGCUCACUCAAACACACUUGAACCUAGCAUACCCAAUACACAUCAGGCUCAAAAGACGCAGCCUUCUGCGCCUAUUACACACCAGGGCACAUAUGCACAACCAACUACUCUUGAGCUAAGCUCGCCCAAUACAGUCCAAAGCCCAACUCGACCUACGGAUACACCUCCGCAUCUUAAUCUCAACUGGCUCACAACGGCGGCCGAGCAUGCGGCAGCCAUGAUCUUCCAGAAGAAGAACCACCGCACACGCGGAGAAAGCUGCAGCAGUCACAACAGCGAAGGUUCCACACACAAUCUAUCGCCUCUGCACGCAGGUAUCUCGUCUCCGUUGAGUAUGACCGCUAUGGCUAAGCGCAAGUCUGCUAUGACAAGUAAACCCGCUCCAAUGUCCCCUAGGCUCUCUGGAAGGCCCGUGCAAACUCUAUCUUUGCCGAGAGUGCAGGGCCCCUCGCGACAGGUACAGAAUCAGUUGACUGUACAGCAAACACGAACAGUGGGUGCGCCAAGCACUGACGACUCUGAAUCCGGUGAACCGCAGGCACAACAGCCGUUGCAGAAACUGAAGCUGGCACAAGCACUCGAACAAGAACAGGCUCAGGCGCAACCACACCAACAGACACCGCCACCCACACACCUACACGAAUUUAGCAAGCGGGGGAUGCGCACCCGCGCCAUCAGUAUGGACCGGCUGCAGCCGAGUCCGAAUACGAGUCCUCUGACCACUCGCUCACGGCCGGUCCAUGCACAUCGCACCAAGAGUGGCGGGCUGGCAACCGACCUUCUGGGCAGCACGCACCGAAGCUCUGGUUUUGGGACAUCCAAUGUGUCGCCCCGGGGUCACUUGCCAAAGAAGCCGGGCGGCCUUCAUGCUGCAUUUAGUCCUGGGCUUCACCCCAGCGAUGGCUCUACGAGCGGGAGGGGCUACUUCACGGCUUUAAGUGCGGACAGCCUGACCAGCUCCCACCAUCUCGCCAAAGGAGCACCGAAGGCCGGCUUUAGCGGCUUUGCUAGUCUAGAUGGCCCUAGUUCUGGGUGCGAUUCAUCGCCAGUACCAGGGCCGGGCCCGCGCGUGUCAAAAGACAGUGUGCUGUGGAACCACAGAGCAGCAACCGGUGGUAGAAGCCACAGUACUAUUAGUAUCCAAACACAUGAGCCUACCCCGCCGCCGAUAAAGCGCACGUCUUCAGCUUCGAAUCGUUUGGGCCUUCGGCACACUAGCGCGGACUGGUCUCCGCAGGAGAGCAUCGUUGUGACCUCUGCGCCUGUGCAGGACGACGGCCUAAGCUCCGAUGCCGAUUCAAGGGGCAGUGUACGCAGUUACCGGCUCGAGAGUCCCAGGAGGCAAGACAGCUAUUCUAUCGAGGAUAAGGAUAACAUGCUAGCCCGGGCCGGGAUCAUUGAUUCGACAGAGUUGCACAGGCCUGCAUGCAGCCCUAGAUCUUACCGGUCCCGUGCCUAUUCGCUAUCGCCUCGCCCGUGCGCUCAGACUCCCGGGGCUUUUCGUAGUAAAAGCAAAACACCGAUGUCUUCAAUUGUGCUCAACCGGGCACACAGCUCACAGGCUGAAGACAAGAGUGCUAACGCUAGCGAGGCAGAUUCAUCGAUACCCAACUCGUCAUCGCCUAGUCAUGCGAGAUCGGUGAGACGAAGGAACAUACGAUCGCUCAGCAGCAUGCCCUCGGAUGGGGCUUCGUCGCCUGGCCUGUCGCGUCGUCAGCGGAUACUAGACUUGGCCCAAAGUAUCAAACAGCAGAUUCCGGACUCAGGGUCGGGCAGUGUUGUCGACGCUCUCGGUGCUCUCGAGGGGAAUAUAACGUCUCUCACACCCGAAGAUCGGGAGCAGGCUCUGGUGCUGCUCGGUAGGCUGACAACCACUCUCACCCGCAAUAGAACACGCAGCGCCGACGCCGAGUUCCAGCCACACGCGAACAAUAGUAUGAACCAGGCCCUGCGAGAGGAGGAUGUAGAUAAAGAGCUUAACGCCAGCACUUCGAAGCGAUUGCCUUCGCCUCUGGUACAGCGCGAGUCGCCGUCAAUGCGGAAGCCGCUGUCCAAUGUUGGGACACGCGCGAGUGGCAAUACAGCCGAAGAAAAGGGCAGCAAAGCGGAACAACCUGUCAAGACUGACAAAGUGAAUGCACCUUCUGUGGAGGUGUUUGCCGUUGAUUCGGAGUCGCCUCCAAGCAAGAUAAAGAUAGUGCUUGGAUACAGCGACGAUGGACUCGCGCUCAAGUAUGGGAGUGGCAAGCUGAAGCAUUCGAACUCAGAUUCCCAGCCGUCAAUGAGUUCGGCUAUGAUUGAUGCGCUGCCGGAUGCGCGUGAUCUGCGUCGCUUAAGGCCCGUGAAGUCAAGCCCAGUCCCUGGGAUACGCGAAAGAGAGAACAAUAGACGGCCCUAGUGAUAGUCAAGAGUAGGCAUGGGCCUAUGUCUCUGUGGGUGUGAGUCCGGGCCUUCUAUACUUGCGAAUAAAAUGAAGAUGA